CAUGGGGUAGCUUUUUCUUUUUUGGUCGAAGACGGAGUAAGAGAUGAUGACGAGGUCGGGAGCCAUCGUGGCUGUGCUGCUGCUGGUGGCAUUGCAGAUGAGUGCAAUGGCAGCGGGGCCGCAACCACCGAGGAGGCGGUGGAACACGACGUGCAUUCUGGUGUUCGGAGACUCAACUGUGGAUCCUGGAAACAACAACAGGCUGCCGACGGACUCCAAGGCCAACUUUCCGCCGUAUGGCAAGGACUUCUUCCAUGGCCAACCCACAGGGCGGUUCUGCGACGGCAGGCUCGCCACUGACUUCAUUGCUGAGGCAUUCGGCAUUUCAAAGAGCAUUCCAGCUUUUUUGGACCCAAAUCUCAGUCUAGAACAGCUUCAAUAUGGAGUUAGUUUUGCAUCAGCUUCUUCCGGAUAUGAUGAGUUUACCGCUACAACUGCAAAUGUGCUUCCAUUUUCCAAGCAGUUGGAAUAUCUAAUGCAUUAUAAGAUCCAUCUCAGAAGGAAGGUUGGACCUGCGAAAGCCGAGCAGACUGUGAAGAAUGCCCUCUUUGUAGUGAGUGCCGGCGGCAACGAUUUCAUCCAAAAUUACUUUUUGCUAUCCAAUCGGUCAGGGCAAUUCACGGUGCCACAGUAUGAGGACUUCUUAAUCACACUCAUGUCAAAGUAUAUCAAGGAAAUGCAUAGACUUGGUGGAACAAAGUUUUUGGUGGUCGGUCUUCCUCCAAUGGGUUGUCUCCCACUUGUCAAAACACUUACGAACACUAAAAAUUGUGUUAGUAGCUACAAUGAUGCGGCCAUAUCAUUCAACUCAAAGGUAGUAGCACAACUGCAUGCUCUAAAGGAGAUAUUAGGAGUGAAAGCUACUUAUCUCGAUAUUUAUGGAAUUUUAAGUGAGGCCACAGAGAACCCCACGAAGUAUGGAUUGGUAGAGACAUCGAAGGGGUGCUGCGGUUCAGGAGUGGUAGAGGUGGGGGAGGCAUGCCAAGGUCUAAGCACGUGUAGUAAUCCGAGCAGGUACUUGUAUUGGGAUGCUGUUCAUCUCACUGAAAGAGCGUAUCAGGUUAUUGCAGAUGCAGCACUAGGUAUUCUUGCCAAGGAGGGUUGGAGCUGAAGACAUCCUAUAGUUGUGUUGUAGUGGUGUAGAAUAUUGUACUGCUGAUGCUAUUGCUGCUGCUGCUGCUUUUCUCGUUCUCCUGCUUGCUUUUGCUGCCACUUAGAUUACAAGCAGCAUAUCUAUGUAUGUGGAUCAGAUAAUACUGUGUUUUCUAGGCUCUGAAAUGAGGAUCAAGCGCGUAUCAUCAAACUAAGUUGCACUGGCAGCAGCAACAAGCUGUGCAUGCUUAAGUUUGCAAAUAAUCUUAUAUCAUGAAUCAUUUAGUUGAA